UCUACCGAAGUAACAGAAGCAGAAAACAUAAAAAGGGCCAGGAUAAAAGUGUGAAAAUUUUCGUGAAAAUUUUAUUUUGUGCGCUACUUAUAAACAAAUACUGUGCUACGUAUUUUGAAUUAUUGUACUCAAUGAUUCUAAUGUUUACAAAAUGAAACUGACAAUUAAAUCAUGGACUGGCGUAGCAACUUGGCGAUGGAUCGCAAAUGAUGAAAAUUGCGGCAUCUGUCGAAUGUCUUUCGAGAGUACCUGUCCGGAGUGUUCGCUACCUGGUGACGAUUGUCCUUUAGUGUGGGGCGUGUGCUCACACUGUUUUCAUAUGCACUGCAUUGUUAAGUGGUUGAAUUUGCAAACUAUGAAUAAGCAAUGUCCCAUGUGUCGCCAAAGCUGGAAAUUCAAUAUACAUUGAGCAAAAGCAACACUUGCUUAUUUGCAAAACUAAAAUAAAAUAAUAAUAAUUUCGUAAAAGUCAUUAUAGUUAUUAUAUGCGAGUAUAAAGCGCGAAUAAAAUCAAUAACAAAUUUA